CAUGUAGAACAGGACCGUUGACUCAGCCACAUAAUAAUCCAAAAUCAGCUUCACAACCCUCAACUGGGAUAAUGGUACGUCCCGGUGUUGUCGAAGUCUGCCCCCCUACAGUUUCUGUUUCCCUCUUCACCUGGACCACGCACCGCAGUCAGCUCUGACCCCAGACAAUUUCCGGUGCCCUGCCUGCCUUGUGGUCCUCAGUGUGGUGUUGACUCCACCAGGGAUAACAGCAGCUGUACAGGAGGAAUGGAUGUGUCCAAAAGUGCAGUAAAAUCUGUCAAACUGUCUCAGCCGAGAGGAGCUAAAGCGCCGUCCAACGAGAAGUCAAAGAAAGACCCACCUGUGCAGAGAGAGGGCAACAAACCUGCACCCCGGAGCAAAGAAAACCCCAUUGCAAGAGAUGACCAUAAUAUAGGCAGCCAAGGGACCCGUGGGCAAGGCAAGACUUCCACAGACAAUCCCCAGGAAAAGAGGAGAGGACGUUCCUCAAGGCUGACGAGACUGACUGGAAGAACAAGUUCUGGUGAGAGAGGCAAAGGUAAAGUGGUGAACUCACAACAGCAGCUGACGGCGCCAGCUCCCAGCCCAAGGGCUGCUCUGUCUGCAGACAGCAGCCCCUCAGCACACAGAGAGACCACCUCUCCUGUCUUGCUCGGUACACUUGAGAAGGGCGUCGCAGAGCACGUCAAGAGCUCCAUAGCAACCCCUGCAAAGGAAAAGUCCCAUGGGUUGAUAGCUGCAGCCCUGAUGCAUCAGUUUCUUGAAGAGGGCCCAGAAGUGAGACCCACUGUAGGGGGAGGACCACUCACAGAGCAGCAACUGGGCCUCCGACAAGCAGAGGAGCGUCUCUACAGAGAUUACAUCCAUCGACUGCUGAAGCAGUCCCCCGAGUAUCCAAACUAUCAGUACUUAUGCAAGCUCUGUUCUGUGCACAUUGAGAACAUUCAAGGAGCACAUAAACACAUCAAGGAGAAAAGACACAAGAAGAAUAUAAUGGAAAAACAGGAGGAGAAUGAGCUGCGUGCACUGCCUCCCCCGUCCGCCUCUCAGCUCAGGGCCGUGGACGCAGCCAUUGUAGAAACAGCCCGACAACACGGGAUCUCAGAGGAGGACUUUAAAGAUCGGAAGGCCGUGGUCGCCAAGAUGGAGGAGAUCAUUAAGAAGCAACUCUCAGGUUGUGCUCUUAGGAUGUAUGGCUCAUGUCUCACCCAAUUUGCCUUCAAGACAAGUGAUAUCAACAUCGAUGUCACCCACCCUUCCUCAAUGACACAACCCGAGGUCUUAAUUCAAGUGCUGGAAAUUCUCAAAAACAGCUCCGAAUUCUCUGAUGUUGAGUCCGAUUUUCACGCCAAAGUUCCUGCUGUGUUUUGUCGAGAUGUUGGCAGGGGCCUCAUGUGUAAAGUGAGUGCAGGUAAUGAUGUUGCUUGUCUCACCACCAAUCACCUGUCAGCCCUGGCUAGACUGGAGCCCAGAUUAGUCCCUCUGGUGCUGGCGUUUCGCUACUGGGCAAGGCUGUGUCACAUUGACUGCCAGGCUGAGGGUGGCAUCCCCUCAUACUCCUUGGCCCUCAUGGUUAUCUUCUUCCUGCAGCAGAGGAAGGAGCCCAUCCUCCCCGUCUACUUCGGCCGUUGGAUUGGUGGCUUUGAUGUGAAGCGUGUGGAUGAGUAUCAUCUAACUGGAAUUUCCUUGGACAUAUUUGUGCGCUGGGAGCACAGACCCCCAAGUUCCACAGAGGGACGAGGGGAAAACCGAAGUGAGACCAGAGGGGAAAGCAGAUCCAAACCUGAGCAGAAUAAACCUGAUGAUAAUCAUUGCACAGAGGGCAUUACCCGCUUAACAUUGAAUCUGGGCAAAGAUGUGACAGUGGGGCAGUUGUGGUUGGAGAUGUUGCGUUUCUACACACUGGAGUUUGCUCUUGAAGAAUAUAUCAUCAGCAUCCGCUUAAAGACACUCCUCUCUAGGGAAGUGAAGAACUGGCCUCGUCGUAGGCUUGCUAUUGAAGAUCCUUUUGCUUUGAAAAGGAAUGUCGCACGCAGCUUGAACAGCCAAAUGGUGUUUGAAUACAUCCAGGAGCGCUUUCGCACAGCUUACAAAUACUUUGCAUGCCCCCAAAAAAGAAUCUCUGGGCGCCAUCUGAGAAGCAAGAAGGCAGGCAAGCAAAGUGCAAAACUGGAAUGGGCCGCAAAGAAGGAGGCUGCGUUUGUCGACACGGAAGAAGGCGAUGGGAAAGGCAAAAAAAGUCAGAGGGCACAGCAGGGGUUCAAGGAGGACGACGAGCCUGACAGUGAUGAUGGAGAUGGUUCAGAUUCGCCCAUAAAGAAGGAUGGGAGGACUUUAGAUGUGAGCCUCAUGGAUAUGGUUCUCGGUGACAGGAACAAACCUGACCUCUCCCCCAAUGGACUGCUGGACAGUGACAAGGAGGGGGACGAAGAGGAUGAAGAGGAAACUUAUGUAACAGAGAAGGAUGGGAACGUUGCAGAGGAGGAUCUGCACUAUGUGUUUGACAAAAUGAUUUUCACUGGUGGGAAGCCUCCAACUGUUGUUUGCAGCAUCUGCAAGCGCGAUGGUCACCUAAAGGACGAGUGUCCUGAAGACUUUAAGAAGAUUGAGCUGAAGCCUUUGCCACCCAUGAACGACCGCUUCAGAGAAAUCCUCGAUGGCCUCUGCAAACUGUGUUACUAUGAAUUGUCACCGUCACCUGUUGAGCAGCAGAAGAGGGAGCAGAUCCUUGUAGGCCUGGAGAGGUUUAUAAGAAAGGAGUACAAUGAUAAAGCUCAACUCUGCCUGUUUGGGUCCUCCAAAAAUGGAUUUGGCUUCCGCGACAGUGACCUUGAUAUCUGCAUGACUCUGGAGGGUCAUGAGACUGCAGAGAAGCUGAACUGCAAAGAGAUCAUUGAAGGCCUUGCAAAAGUGCUAAAGAAGCAUACAGGUUUGAGGAACAUCUUGCCUAUUACAACAGCUAAAGUGCCUAUUGUGAAGUUUGAACACAGACAGAGUGGUUUGGAGGGAGACAUUAGUCUUUAUAACACACUGGCCCAGCACAACACCAAAAUGCUGGCCACGUAUGCAGCCCUAGAUCCACGUGUGCAGUUCCUUGGAUACACAAUGAAGGUCUUCGCAAAGCGCUGCGACAUUGGGGAUGCAUCCAGAGGAAGCUUGUCAUCUUAUGCCUACAUCCUGAUGGUGCUUUACUUCCUGCAGCAGAGGCAACCACCAGUCAUCCCUGUCCUACAGGAGAUCUUUGAUGGGAACACUGUUCCACAGCGGAUGGUUGAUGGCUGGAAUGCUUUCUUUUUUGAUGAUCUUCAGGAUCUGCGGCGGCGUCUCACAGAGUUGCCACAAAACACGGAGUCCGUUGGGGAACUCUGGUUGGGCCUCCUGCGUUUUUAUACCGAAGAGUUUGACUUCAAAGAGCACGUCAUCAGCAUCCGCCAAAUGAAACGCCUUACCACCUUUGAGAAGCAGUGGACCAGCAAAUGCAUUGCUAUUGAAGAUCCUUUUGAUUUAAAUCAUAAUCUUGGUGCUGGAGUUUCUCGCAAAAUGACCAAUUUCAUCAUGAAGGCUUUUAUAAAUGGCAGGAAAUUGUUUGGAACCCCUUUCUACCCUGUCCCUGGCACUGAAGUGGACUAUUUCUUUGACUCAAAAGUCUUGACGGAUGGCGAGUUGGCGCCCAACGACAGGUGCUGCAGGAUCUGCGGGAAGAUUGGACAUUACAUGAAGGACUGUCCAAAGAGACGCAGGAUGAAGAAGAAAGAAAACGAUAAAGACGAUGAUGUAAAAGAGGACGAAAGAGAACCGAAGGACAGGCGGUGUUUCCAGUGUGGCGACAUGGGUCAUGUACGGAGGGACUGUCCGGAGUACCGUCACCUCAAACAGAGGGUCACCGGAGUCCCAGCUCCUCACAUGGUUCAAGCUGUGGUCAGCUCCCAGUCUAUCCCCAUUCCUCAGGCAGCUGCAGACUGUCCUGGAAGAACCAGGCAGCCUUCUGAGUGUUCGGACACUCGGCAGACUCCACCCUACUCCCCACAGCCCUCCUCUCUCCCUCAGAGUUCCUCCCAAUCUUCCAGCUCCCCUCAGCCCUCCCACAUCAAGUCCAGUUCUGCUGGUCCCCUGAAACAGCCCACCCACCCCCAGGUCCCUCUGUCCCUCUUUAGCUUGCCUACCACCCUUCCAGGCCAGUUCCAUCCGGGUGCACUCAGCGCACUGGGGCUCCUGCCCUCCCACCAGCACCAGUCACAUCAGUCCCAAGGGCAGCCUCAUCACUCGGUCCACAUCCCUUCCACCUCCUGGCCCAUCCACGGACCUGUCCUCACCACGUCCUCUCCCAGUGCCCCCUCCCCGCCCGGCCUCAAAUUCGCCCUGCGCUCCAUGUCUGGGAAGGGGAGUCCCACAGGUUCAGGGGUCAACCCCAGUCCCAUGAACCUGAACGACCCCAGCAUCAUCUUCGCCCAGCCGGCGGGGAGACAGCUGGGUAUCGGUGGGCCAGGACGAGAAGGACACUGGCACAACCACAUGGCACAACCGGGAGCACUCAUGGGCAAUGGCACUGUAGUCAAGUCAGAGUCUGGCCAUCCAGCCCAGUUUGUGGGUGUGAGCACAGGCUCUCGGGUGUGGGAGCACAGUAAAGCCCCUCAGUACUCUCUGUCUCCAUCCUGGCCCUACCAUCUGCCCCAGAAUUUCAUCCAACAGGGAAACGGAGGCUACCAGUCCAACAAACCCAUCAUGCCCCAAGGUUCUGUGGUCAAUCCAAAUCCAAACUACCCUCUGGUCCCCCAUCAAAUCCGACAUCAAGUAAAUCUAAACUUCAUCCAACAGAAGAAAUAAACUUAUAUCUCCUUUUAAUUAGUUUAACGGUCAGUAACAUAACACAGCAGAAAAAAAUUGUACUCUUUGCAUCAUUUGAUCGCAGGUAUUUUUAAAAUGAAUUUUAUCAUUUUUGUACAGUUUUUAUGUUUUUUUUUGUCUCAUUACAUUGAUUUGUGAUACAAAUGUCAAAUAUUUUAAUACCCCCAUUUUUGAGGGGGGUCUAAAAAAAGUGUUUUUAUUUUAUGUGUAAAGUAAGGAGAAAAAAUGUAAACCUUUAUUUUUAUUAGCUGUAUUCAUACUUUGCUUGCUACAAGAUGAAGGCUUUGAAUAGACGUUUGUUUUAAAAACAAUCUAACAUGUCACCCUAAGUAUGUAGUGCCAAAGGCAGGGAUAGCAAGAAAAAAGGGAAAAAUCUUAAACAUAAAAAAAAAAAAACCCCUACAAAAAAAAUAAAGAA